AACUGAGGCGCUAAAACCUAAAACCGUCUGGAUUAGUACUGUGCAUCCGGAACAGGAGACAGCGAUGGAGAGAGGGAGGCAGAGAGGAAGGGAGCGGGGUCUGAGCAGCUCCUGGGUCACAUUCUCUCUCCUUCUGACGCUCAUGUCCGGCUGCAGCUGCAGGAUCGGGGCGGUGAUGAGAGCAGUCUAUCAGCGCUCUCUGAGCGUCCUUGUGCGCCUGACAUGAGCGCGAUCUGCGAGGGUUACUACUCCAGGGAGAAGGUGUUCGUGGACGGAUUCACGUGUCCGAAGGCGGGGGGCGAGUCCACGGCCGUGUUCUGCUGCGGCUUCAGUGACUUGAAGUACUGCUGCGAUGACCCGAACAGUUUCUUCCCAUACGAGUAUGGAUACAUGUGGUGGCUGAGCCUCGGAGCUCUUGUGGGUCUUUCUGUUGCAGCUGUGGUCCUUCUUGCUUUCAUCAUCACUCUAUGCGUCCUCUGCUAUCUCUUCAUCACCACCAAACCCAGAGGUCUAGACAGUGGACUGCCUCUUCGAGCACCAGAUGUUAACGUCAGUCAACAAGGAGCUGCUGCCAGCCACAGCGGUGCCCCUGCUGGUCCUCAGGGCCUCAGGAAACACUUUAUGAGAGGCAAGCUAGACUGUGACAACCAGCAACCAGACCCGGACCGCCUUUUUCAGCGUUGUUUUAUGGCUACCGUCACAUCCAUCAAUGUGGAAAACCCUGCAUAGAGUGAACAUUAUUUUUGUUCAGCUACUUAUUUUAGAUUUGCAUUAACUCAUCAAUGCCUGAAUUUAGAUAUCAAACUGUACAGAACGUUUUAUUACUUGUGUUUUGCUGUCAAUCAGAUGACAAAUCAAUUUGAACUUUGCAUCUAUCAUGAAGGUAAAUUUAUCGAUGCUGCUAAUUAGCUACACCUAAGGAAUGAAAAAAUAAAUAAAUCUCAGUA